UUAUUACAAGGACCACCAGAUGAUGAAGAAAAAGAAUCUGAAUUAACUGUUACUGAGUUAAAAGCUAAACGGCAAGCAGAACUUGAACAGAGAGAAAGAGAACAAGAGUUGCUMAGACUAAAAAGAGAAGAAGAAGAGAGAAAAAAAAUGGAACAAGGUGUUGAUUGGGGAAUGGGCGAAGAUGCAAAUGAAGAAGAAGAUACCAAAGAAAAUCCUUUUGCUCCUAAAGAAAAUGAGCAAUUAUAUUUGGACGAUCCUAAAAAAACAUUGAAAGGUUGGUUUGAAAGAGAAGGACAAGAAUUAGAGUAUGAUGUAUCAGAAAAAGGAUUUGGAACAUUUACCUGUCGUAUAGAAUUACCAAUAGCAAACAUUACAGGAAGACCACAAAUUGCUGAAGCCACAAUAAGUGGUAAAAAAAAAGAAGCAAUUGCACAUUGUGCAUUGGAAGCAUGUAAAAUUUUGGAUAUGUAUGGACUUUUAAGACAAUCUACGCAUGAAAGUAGAAAACGUAAAGAAAAAAAUUGGGAAGAGGAAGACUUUUACGACAGUGAUGAUGAUAAUUUCUUAGAUCGUACAGGGGAUAUUGAUGUAAAGCGCAAAAAAAGAAUGAAAAAAUUUGGUAAAGCUGCCGAAACUGUUGAUACUUAUGAAACAUUGAUGGAGAAACAUAAGCUUCUGAUUGCUGAUCUUAAACAUACCAAGAGUAAAUUAAAUAGAUUAAAUCAAAAUGUCACCAAAGAGUAUGGUGGGACUAAUGAUGAAGACUCUUUGGAAUCUUUUAUGUCUGAUCUUAGAAAUUAUAAAACUGUUGACAAAAUUGAGAUCAAAAGAUUGAAAAUUAAAAUUAAUGAGCUACAAGAAGAAGAAGAAAAACUUAGAAAAAUUAUUAACAUUGUAAGACCGACUACAUUACCAGAACUUACUAAACCUCUGAUAGAAGAAAAUACACCUAAAGUAGAACAAGUGGUCAAAGUAAAUCCAAAAAGUAAUAAUGGUUCAUCACCAUUAUUAACAUCAACAAUACCAAAAGAAGAAAAAAAAAUUGAUUCUAAAAUAAAAUCCAAUAUUGAUGAGAAAGUAAAAAACGUAAUUAACAAAGAAAAAAGCAACUCCAAUGAAGCAGAAGAGAAAGUUUUGAAAGAAUUGAAAGAAGCAGAGAAAAGACAAAAGCAGUUAGAGAAAAAAGAUAAAAAAAUAAUUGCUAAAACUUUGGAGAAAGACAAGUUGGAAGAUUUUGGAAACAUGAUUUGGAAACCACCUGCGGAUCAAACUGGAGAUGGACGAACUAGCUUAAAUGAAAAAUAUGGUUAUUGAUAAAACUAUUAUAUUUUAAGUGUACAAAGAUGAA